AUGAGAUGGCUUCUUCACCAAGAUUUUACGAUAAAAAAGCGUCUCCAAAGCAAGGUCGUCGAGCAAUGGGUUUCCUAUGUGGACUCUUGGGGGGUAUCGCUUGAGUAUGCCAUCACCUUGUGGGCUAAAAGCAAUGACGAGGAUACUGAAUUGGACGAGGAAAGAAAACAGUGGAGGGAGAAGCGAAAUUCUUUACGUCAUGAAAUAGAGCAUCAGUUCCUGAAACUCAAGAAACCAUGGUCCAAACCACCCUCUAACUUGGUUGGAGCCGUGCAUCGACAGCGCGAUCACAAUACCAAGACUCGCGGUCAAAUCAGAAAGCUUGAUGAGUACAAUAAUGCAAAAACCAAAUCUGCUCUGGAGAACUGGCCGACGAAAGAUAUCCCAUUCUCGAGCAUAGAGACUGCUGGAGAUAAAAAUACAGAAGCCGAAGAGACUAGGCCGUCGGACAUGAAGGAAGAACAUGGGGACGCACCAGCGAAGAAAAAGGCGAGGCUCGACGCUGCUGGUGGUAAUAGCCCCAGGUUGGGUUUGAAAGGAUCCGGCACGAUCUCGUUCCCCAUCGACCUGACGAUAUGA